CAGACGCCAACAUUUACCGAACGGACCGGUCCCGCGGUGGGGAGACCGACUAGAGACCUUCGCUUACUGAGUCUUAUAGCGGACGCUACCAGAAUCAGAGACGCAGGGCUUUAAAACCACAACAGCCCUUCACGAUCACGGUUUUCAGACUAAAACCCAAUCUCGAGCUUCAAGUUCUGAAGCUGCUGGGCCUCCAAAACCCAAACUGACCCGGUUGGGCCUUCAACCAGCCUCAGCUGCGCUGCAGACUCAGGCAGACAGAACAGGGAAGUGGUCAUGCUGUAAAUCUGGAGGCUCCGCCCACUCAGUGAGGAGGAGGAGAUGGCCGCAGAGGUCUUCCCCACCAGCCUCCCCCACAGCGAGGAGGCUGAGGUGCUGGAAGCCAAGAAGAGUUUUAUCCAGCAGAGCGAGCAGGAGCUGCCAGUGUAUGAGGACGGCAAGGCCGGGGGGGCCCUGGCCAGCGACGAGGGCGAGGAGGAAAGAGAGGGCUGGCAGGCGGCCCACCCCACCCUGAGAGAGAGGAAUGCCCUCAUGUUCAACAACGAGCACAUGGCUGAUGUCCACUUCAUCGUCGGUCCGCCAGGAGACACUCAGACAGUCCCAGCUCAUAAGUACGUCUUGGCAGUCGGCAGCUCUGUGUUUGGAGCCAUGUUUUACGGAGAUCUGGCAGAGGGGCAGUCUGUGAUUCACAUUCCUGACGUGGAGCCUGCAGCCUUCCUCAUCCUGUUGAAGUACAUGUAUAGCGAUGCAAUCGAGCUGGAGGCCGACACCGUCCUUGCAACGCUCUACGCUGCAAAGAAGUACAUCGUUCCCGCACUGGCCAAAGCCUGUGUCAGCUUCCUAGAGACGAGCCUGGAGGCAAAGAACGCCUGCGUACUUUUGUCUCAGAGCCGGCUGUUCGAGGAGCCGGAGCUGACGCAGCGCUGCUGGGAGGUGAUAGAUGCCCAGGCUGAGCUGGCUCUGCUGUCCGAAGGCUUCUGUGAGAUUGACAAGCCCACGCUAGAGAUCAUCCUGCAGAGAGAGACGCUCCACGUCCGGGAGCUGGUGGUGUUCCAGGCAGCCCUGAACUGGGCCACAGCAGAGUGCUGGCGGCAGGGCAUGCCUGUGACUUCCCACAACCAGCGGGCGGUGCUGGGUAAGGCUCUGUAUCUGGUUCGGAUACCCUCCAUGUCACUCCAGGAGUUUGCAGACGGGCCUGCGCAGUCGGACCUGCUCAUGCUAAAGGAGACUCACAGCAUUUUCCUGUGGUUCACAGCCACCAACAAACCUCAGCUUAACUUUCCGGUGGCGAAGCGGCCUGGCCUGGUGCCGCAGAAGUGCCACAGGUUCCAGUCCGCCGCCUACAGGAGCAACCAAUGGCGCUACAGGGGUCGAUGUGACAGCAUCCAGUUUGCUGUGGACAGCCGGAUCUUUAUAGCUGGGCUGGGCCUGUAUGGGUCCAGUGGCGGGAAGGCCGAGUACAGUGUCAAGAUUGAAUUAAAGAGACAUGGAUCUGUUUUGGCCCAGAACCUAACAAAGUUCCUCUCAGACGGGUCGAGCAGUACCUUUCCAGUGUGGUUCGAGCACCCGGUCCAAGUGGAACAGGACACCUUCUACACGGUCAGCGCUGUGCUGGAUGGGAACGAGCUGAGUUACUUUGGUCAGGAAGGAAUGACCGAGGUGCAGUGUGGGAAAGUGACCUUCCAGUUUCAGUGCUCAUCAGACAGCACCAAUGGUACUGGUGUACAGGGGGGGCAGAUACCAGAACUGGUCUUUUUCUGCUAAACUGCAGCUUAGUGGUUUGUUGACAAGAGAACAUUAAAAUUUGUUUGACUCUAA